UAGAGAAAAAACUGUUGACCAAAAAAAAGGGAAAAGAGAACCGUUAGGGGAGAGAACGAAGAAGUGUGAGCAAGCUGAAAAAAUGGCGACGGCGAACUCUGAGAUUUAUGUUGCGCAGGGAAGUGCUCAGAAAUCAAGUUUCGAAACGUUUCAGUUAUUCUCUUCCUCCGCUUCGGGUUUCGGAAUCUUCGAUGAUGCUGCUGCACAACAAGUUCCUGCUAUACCUCCUCCUCCUUGUGUUGAAGUGCUCGCUUCUGAGGUUCCUUCAUCCGUCAAACACAACGCGGAGUCAGUAAAUUUGGAUGGGGUUACUUUGUUAAAGGGGCGGGUGAAUACUCAACAAGUUUUUGGUUUAUCCAACUCUGAUUUAGUUCCCGGAAAAUAUGAAGGAGGACUGAAGCUGUGGGAAGGUUCACUUGAUCUAAUUAAAGCCCUUCGUUCAGAUAUAAAAAAUGGGCUUAUCUCAUUUGGCGGGAAGAGAGUAUUAGAGGUAGGAUGCGGUCAUGGACUACCUGGAAUCUUUGCAUUGCUUGAGGGGGCAGCUGCUGUACAUUUUCAAGACUUCAAUGCUGAGGUCCUACGUUGCCUUACCAUUCCCAAUUUGGACGCAAAUCUGUGUGGACAAUCUCAACAAUCUUCAUCAAACUUGACAAGUUGUGAUAAGGCAGAAGUUCGCUUUUUUGCGGGUGACUGGAGUGAAAUUGAUAAACUGCUCCCUCAUGUAAGUACAGAUGCAAAACUCAAUCAAGGUGAUGGUUAUGACUUUAUUUUGAUGGCAGAGACAGUUUACGCAAUCAACAGUCUCCAAAAUCUCUAUAAUCUUGUCAAGAAGUGCUUGAAACAUCCUGAUGGAGUUGUGUACAUGGCCGCAAAGAAGUAUUAUUUUGGAGUAGGUGGUGGAACUAGGCGAUUUCUUUCUGUGGUAGAAAAAGAUGGUGUCAUGAUUAGUAGCCUGGUUGCUGAAAUCACAGACGGUUCAUCCAAUGUGCGCGAAGUAUGGAAGCUUGCAUUCAAAUAGUAUUAUACUGUUGGUAUUUGCUUCCUUCGCCAUUCAAACUAUCACCGGUUUGUUUGCUCAAGAUUGCCCAUGCAUGGAAAAGGGGGCAGCUGGAAAUCUGGGAUGGGUUCGGCAUGUUGUUUCGCUUAAUAUCCAAUUGUGGGAUCAUUCAUGUUGGACGAGUGUUGAUAAUGAUUGUAGAAACUGUAUGGUCAAGAGAGAAUCUUGUCCCUCAUUUCAUGCUACAUACUUCUCUGCUUAUACUGGGAUUGAUUUUUCCCAGUCAAUUGUAUUUUCUAGCAGCUAAUGCAAAUAUUCGUGUCUCUUCUCUUCUCUUUGGCAUUCAAUUCGAUUGGAUGCAGUGCAUUUUUGUUAAAUGAAGAAAUAAAUAGUAUUCGAAGAAAUUCAAAGCCAAAUCAUGGAGCAGAGAGCAGAUAAUAAGGAAACAAAAAAUGAUCUCAUAAAUGAGACAACUA